ACAUGGAGCAAAGUUCUAUCACACUACAUGUUCACUGCCACUUUGUACCCCUGAACACUCUAGCUUUUUAUCUCUAUUAAAUAUGGCCGGAGCUUUCAGCGUUUCCGGUGACGAUUCCGGCAACCCGAAAAAUGUUGCUUCCCCUGUCAUAUUUGAUGCUGUGAAGAAACCUAAGAGAAACAAGUAUGCUUUUGGCUGUGCCAUUUUAGCUUCCAUGACUUCCGUCUUACUUGGAUACGAUAUUGGAGUGAUGAGUGGAGCAGCCAUCUACAUAAAAAAAGAACUCGAUGUCUCCGAAGUGAAGCUCGAAAUUCUCGUCGGAAUAAUCAACCUCUACUCUCUCGUGGGCUCCGGUUUCGCCGGAAGAACCUCCGACUGGAUCGGCAGGCGUUACACUAUGGUCUUAGCCGGUGCCAUAUUUUUUGCGGGAGCCUUACUCAUGGGAUUCGCCACAAACUAUGCAUUUCUCAUGUUCGGUCGAUUUGUCGCCGGACUUGGAGUAGGGUAUGCCCUCAUGAUUGCUCCGGUGUACACGGCGGAGGUUUCUCCGGCCUCGUCGCGGGGAUUUCUCACGUCGUUCCCGGAAGUUUUCAUUAAUUUCGGUGUACUUCUGGGAUACGUUUCAAACUUCGGCUUCUCCAAGCUCCCCGAAAAUCUCGGCUGGCGCUUCAUGCUCGGAAUCGGAGCCAUCCCCUCCAUCGGCCUCGCCAUCGGCGUCCUCGGCAUGCCGGAAUCCCCUCGCUGGCUCGUCAUGAAAGGCCGCCUCGGCGAAGCCCGACAAGUCCUCGACAAAACCUCCGACUCCAAAGAAGAGGCUCGCCUCCGCUUAUCCGACAUCAAAGCCGCCGCCGGCAUCCCCGAAGACUGCAACGACGACGUCGUCGAAGUCCCUCGCCGGAAAAACGACGACGCCGUCUGGAAAGAGCUCCUCCUCCGCCCCACCGCCUCCGUCCGUCACGCAUUCAUCGCCGGCGUUGGGCUCCACUUCUUUCAACAGUCCAGUGGCAUAGACGCCGUCGUUUUGUACAGUCCCCGAAUCUUCGAAAAAGCCGGGAUUAAAAGCGAUAGUAUGAAAUUACUCGCGACAAUCGCGGUUGGAUUCUCGAAAACGAUUUUUAUUUUAGUCGCGACUUUUUUGCUCGAUAAAAUCGGGAGAAGACCGUUGUUGUUGACCAGCAUGGGCGGAAUGGUAAUUUCACUAACUCUCCUCGGGACUUCAUUAGCAGUUAUUGACCAUUCUGACCACACGGUCCAUUGGGCCGUAACGUUAGCGAUCUUCGGGGUUUUAGCCAAUGUGGCGAUGUUUUCCAUUGGGCUGGGCCCGAUCGCGUGGGUCUACAAUUCGGAGGUGUUUCCGCUGAGGCUGCGGGCCCAGGGGUGCAGCAUUGGGGUCGCGGUGAACAGGGGUACAAGUGGGAUUAUUUCGAUGACGUUUUUGUCCUUGUACGAGGCGAUUUCGAUUGCGGGGGCGUUUUAUUUAUAUGCGGCGAUUGCGGCGGUGGGGUGGGUGUUUGUGUUCACGUUGCUGCCGGAGACGCAGGGGCGGAGCCUGGAGGAGAUGGGGUUAUUGUUUGGGAAUUAUUUUGGGUGGAGGACGACUUUGAGGGAUUUGAAGCACAAAGAAGCUGAGGAGGCAAAGAAUGCUAGUGUUGUGUCCAGUUUAUAAGAAUUUAUUAGGCUAUUUUGUAUUGAUCAGUAUGCUACUGUAUGGGUAGUGUGUACCACAACAUUGUAAUGUGAAUCUGGGGACGAGCCAUUUAUGGUUUGGAUUGUCCUUGACUUAUUAAUACAAAUAUCUAAUUAUAUCAA